GAGAGUGUGCAGGCCUGUGAGCAGCUGCAGCAGCUGUUGUCCUCGCUGGAGGACCAGAGGACGCACCUGUCCACCUACCUGUGUGAGGACAGCAGCAGCUUCAGCAUCGACCAACUCUUCAGCACCAUCAAGACCUUCAGAGGACUCUUCCUCAAAGCCAUCAAGGAGAACGAGAGUCGCAGGCAGCAGGAGAAGAGGAGGAAGCAGCAGGAGGAGGAGAGGAAACUCAAAGGAGACACCAAGAUCAUCAGGAGGGACGUGUCUAAACAGGACGAAGGCUGCAUCAUCGACAACCUGCUGGCUGAGAUCAGGAAGGGCCACAACCUGAAGAAGACCAGACCUCGAGCUGAGAGGGGCAGCCAUGAUCAUCCUGUGGUCAUACGGACGUCCCUGGCUGUGGAUGAGCCUGACUCAUCUCAGUCCAGCCAAUCAGAGAAGCCUGCAGAACCACCAGAGACUGGAACCCAGAUUCCUACUGAUCCAAUAGCUGAAACGAGACCAGAACCAGGGAUAGAUGAGACCCAGAGCCUGGACUUUGGUCCUGACCCAGAGAUCGGGAACGGAAGGAACGAGGAGUCUGAGUUUGAAGAGAUCACAUCAUUGGAAGUGAGGACGGCCGAGCACAACGAUGGUCCAGAUCCUGGUCCAAAGGAACCAGCACAGAAGUCCAGGAUCAGGAUCAGUCCAGCAGGCGCUGACGUUGGGUCCAAACGCAGAGCGAAGGUCGGCUGCGUGUCACACUGAGAUGAGUGGAGGAGGACUCGUCUCCAUGGCGACUGUAUCAACCUGUAUGGAGAGAUACGUCAAAAUAAAAGCAUGAACAAUCUGGAGUCUGACGGCUGAUUGGUUGUAAAGUUUACCUGAGCUCUCUCUCUCUCUGUGUCUCUCUCUCUCUCUGUGUCUCUCUCUCCCUCCCUCCCUCCAGGUUAAAGUGAAGGACUUUGGCAUCGACACAGCGAACAUGUUUGAGUUCUGGGAUUGGGUCGGAGGUCGUUACUCGCUGUGGUCAGCCAUCGGUCUGUCCAUCGCUCUGCACAUAGGUACGUCUGCUCACGACCUUUGACCUUUACUCAACCCUCACGCUCUGUAUUGAUCAGUAUUGAUCAGUGCUGAUUAAAGGGGACCCUUCAUAAGCCCCGCCCCUUUCUGCUCUGUGCUCCAAUCACAGUUGAGUUAGCCUCGUAGCUCUGUGAUAGCUUUAAUUGUUGCUAACCGCUAACUGCUGGUAUGCUAACAGUAGCAGCUAACGGUAU